CGGGUUGGCCACGCGCGUGCGCAGUAAGCGGCUGUGUUGGGCGCUGUCGCGGCGGCGUCGCUCCUUGGGCUCGGCUCGCGGGCUCCGUGCGAGGAGGCGAGAGCGGAGAGGGCGUGGACAGAGACGGCGUCGGGUGGACGGAGAGGGAGUCGGGGAGGCGAUGAAGACUCUCACGAAGAAGCUGGUGCUGGCGCGCGCGCGCGCAGGCGACUUGUCCAGCGUCCGCAAGCUCAACUGCUGGGGAAGUGAACUUUCAGAUGUUUCCAUAUUUCGGCAAAUGCCGAAUAUUGAAGUUUUAACAUUAAGUGUGAACAAUAUCGACACGCUGAAGGACUUCAGAGAAUGCGUGGGCCUGCGGGAGCUCUACCUGCGCAGAAAUGCGGUCGUCAGCCUGGCAGAGCUGUGGCACCUCAAACCCCUGCCUCAUCUGCGUGUGCUCUGGCUGGCCGAUAAUCCUUGCUGUGGGACCGACCCCCACCACUACCGUAUGUGCGUGCUGCGGAAUCUGCCUGGUCUGCACAAGCUGGAUAACCAGGCUGUCACAGAGGAAGAACUGGCUCAAGCACAGAAGGAAGGGGAGGAUAUCACAUCGCCAAAUGCAGCACAGGUGCAGGAUGAGCUUCUGAAGUCAAAUGAUCACAUCAGUCAGUCUGGAGAUGGAAUCAACGAGAGCCUCACUGAAGCAGACACGGAUCCCAUCAACUUCAGCCUCAUAGAAACAAAUAAAAUCCGACAACAGCUUGGCAUGAAGCUUCUACCUAUUGACAAGUUCUCCUGCUCCAACUCUUCUCCAGUAAAAAUCCCUUCCAAAAAUGCCAAUGUGAUGAGCGCUGUGCUCCUGCUGGUGAAGGAACUGGACUUGGAGGGAUUGCAGAUAAUCCACAAGACAAUUGAAUGUCGACUGCAGCUUCUACAGAGCAAGCUCACCAACUGAAAUGACCACACCACGUGCUAAAUGGGUGGGGAGUGUUUGUAUAUUUAAAUAUUUCAACAUAACAUGUUAAAAAUUAAGAUGAACAUUGCAGAUGUUUAGAGUACUUACGUGUAAUCACAAUUUUUUUAUAUUUUAAGACUACUGAAUUGUACUGCAGAAGGCGAUCAUGAGCUAUGCAGUAUGGUACUAGGGUCAUGCUUUUGAGAGCUGCGUACAAGCAUCACAUGCCACUGAGCUAUGCAUUACUGUGAUGUGUGCUGUGUAAACUAUCAUGCACCAUUAACUACAUCUCAUUUAGUAUACAUUUUUGCAUGGAGCUAUUGUUUAUAUAUGAUCGAUAUUAAUGGAUGUCAAGAGCUUAUAUUUUAAUUUACAUGGAAAAUUCUAAUUCUAUGUGCAACUCACGACAACUGUUGUGAGCAAUUGCACAUUCUAAAUGCAACUAUGAACCACAUACUUUAGGUGAAUCUAUGUGCAGUGAUUGUAAUAAUGCAACUCCAAAGAACCUCAUGAUUUUGUGCCAUAAGAAUACUCUACAUGGGUGUUUUUCAUUUGUUGUACAUAUGAAAAUGUUAAUGUUACCAACUGAUUGGCGACAACACGAAUGUUGGAUUUGGGCUAUAUAUAAAAAAACGUUCAUGUGCAGGAAUGUUUUCUUACAAGAUUUUUCUUAUCCAGCUUUUGGUACCAUCAACAUAUUCUGAGGACCUUUCGACUGUUUCUUCUCGUGUUGGAUAUAAAUAACUGGGCUUAAUUAGGGUUGAGCGACUUGAAGAACGUUAAUCCACUUUUACAGUGGGUUGUACUACUUGUUGAGGUUGUGACGAAGAAGCCUAACAAAGAUAAAGCUGAUAGCUUGGAGUGAUCAUAAGCCCAACAGCAAAAAGAGAUUCUUGCAAAGCCACUUGCCUAUAUGACAUGUAGCUGGUAUUGGAAUCCCAUUAUCAUCUGUGAGCCUUUCAGUGUUGUUAGUGUUCAUGAACAUUCUCGACAACACGUUUUAAAAUAGAAAUUGCACUUUCAUUUCACCUUGGUUCACAAGUGUGUAAAUGCAUGCCAUGUGAAAAAUACAUUUCAAAUGUUGAAAUUAUAAAAAAAAAUGUCAAAUCAAAAUGUCAAAUAAAAAUGUC